UUUUUUUUUCUAUUAAUUAUAAUAAUAAAGGGCAGGAAAUUCAUCAUAUAAAUUAUUUAUACUUUAUUAUACGCAUAUAAAUAUUGAAUGAAUAAUAAUCUUACCUAUAUAUUACUGCUAUCAACUCUUCGUUUUAAUCUAGUCAAUCAUGUCAGUUUUAGUUACAGAGCAGUCUCCUAUUUUAAACAAUAAACAUGAUCAAAAAGGGGUUAUAUUAGUGAAUUUAAUUGGCUUUUUAAAAAUGCUAUGCCUAUAGCAAUUAGCUAUUUAUUGCAAAAUAGUCUACAAAGCGUUAGUAUCAUCACUGCAGGUCAUUUGGGUUCUAAUGAACUUGCUUCUGCCACAUUAGGUAGUAUGUUUACGACGAUUACAGGCUUAUCUGUAGCAACAGGUGCAACACUUUCUUUAGAUACCCUAUGCUCACAGUCUUUUACAAGUACUAACGACAAAAGAGUGGUUGGUCUUCAUGUUCAACGCUGUCUUGCAUUCAUGACCUUGCUCUAUAUACCGAUUGUUAUCCUCUGGUGGUACUCUGAAGGAUUCUUCAUCUUUAUUCUUCGUCAGGAUCCAGUGAUAGCGCAACUGGCAAGCCAAUAUGUACGUUGGAUGAUCUUAGCUGCACCUGCAUUUGCUUUAUUUGAAGCUCUUAAAAAAAUGCUUCAAGCCCAGGGUAUCUUUCAUGUCCCUACUUUUAUUCUUUUACUUGUUGUUCCCUUUAAUCUUGCUCUUAAUUAUACCUUAGUAUGGGUUCCAGGUCUUUCUUUAGGGUUCUCGGGGGCUCCCAUUGCUAGUUGUAUCGCCUAUUGGUCUAUCGUCGGCCUCAUCGUCUUCUAUGUCUAUUAUUCAAGGGCACAUGAAGUAUGGCCAAGGUGGUCAAUCGUCGCUGUCUAUAACGUUUACCAAUGGCGACCGAUGGUAGAACUUGCAAUCCCAGGUAUCCUCUUGAUCUGUACCGAGACAUGGGCCUAUGAAAUCAUUGCCUUAGGAGCGAGCUGGAUAGAUACCACCCAUUUAGGAGCCCAGAGCAUCAUAUUGACUUCGAUUACAGCCUUGUAUACAUUAGCGUUUGGUGUGGGUAUUGCAGCUGCUAAUCGAGUAGGUAAUUUAUUAGGAGCUCAGAGACCUAAACAAGCACGUACUGCAGCACGUGCUGCUCUUUGUCUAGGUAUCGCAGUGGGCUCCCUUAAUGGUUUAGCUUUAUUCAUCUUUCGUCGUCCAUGGGCCAAGAUGUUUACGAACGAUGAUCGCAUCUGUGAGAUUGUGGCAAAGACGCUUCCUUUAGUAGCUGCUUUUGUGUUUGCUGACAAUAUUGCGGGAGUCGCGGAUGGUGUCUUGAAUGGUAUGGGAAGACAACAUAUAGGUGCAUGGUGUAAUCUCUGUGCUUAUUAUCUUUCUGCUUUGCCGAUUGGAUUUUGGCUUUGCUUUAAAAAGGGAUGGGGGUUAGUUGGUUUAUGGACGGCUCUUGUAGGGUCUAUGUUAGCUGCCUCCAUUUAUACUGUUGUUGUUUUGUUAUGUUCCAACUGGAAAAAAGAGGCUCAGAUAGCAGAAAAGAGGACAAAAGAAGAAAAGAAUGAAGAAUCAAGCUAUGGUGUUAAGCGAAGUAUCAGCAGUCAUAGUAGUGGUAGUAAUAAUAGUAAUAAUCCAAUAACUGGUAUGACGCCUAUGCAAAGAGAACAACAAAAGGUGCAACAAAAUAUCAAAAAUAAUCAUGGCAAUGGUUACCCGGGCGUUAUUGGUAGAACACCUGAAGAAUUUAGAGGAGUUCAGGGUUAUGAUCAACAGGGUAAUCCUAUCCUUCCUCCUUCUAUAGCUCAAAGACAUCUAAUUGAGCAAGGCUUGGGUCCUAAUUGUCCAAAAGAUGGAGGAUAUCAUGAUUUACGUAUGCAUUUAACUACCUCAUCUUUACUCUUUGCUAUCCUUAUUAUACCCUACUGUUGUGGUUAUAGAGGAAGAAGGGAAACUGUAUGUGUUAAAUGUAACCAGAAAUUCCCAAAUAUUAUCCUUCCAUGA